AUGGCUGAAGCAAAUGGCGAUGCAGGUGGGCAGUCUGGAUCUUGGUAUCGGGUGCCUACAUGGGAUGGAAGCCCAGCUACAUGGCGUGAGUUUAGAAGAGAGAUGAAAUGGUGGCUUCACAGUCUGGAUCUGAAGAGCACUGCAAAGUAUAACUUAGCUGCCAGGUGGUUGAUUCGUCAGACAGGAAUUGUUCGUCAACGAGGCGAAGAAUUCGAUCCGGAUGAACUGGCAUACAAGCCGGCAGAGAUGGGGGUGGAUCCAGAGAGCGGCGAAGAAGUUGAAUUAGUUCCUGCUGAUUACCUUUGUGGGUUGAAUAAGCUUCUGAAUGCGCUGGAAUCCAUUAAUGGAAGGACACAGCUUGACAAGCGAGGUGAACUUAGACAACAAUUCUAUGUGGACCUUCGUCGAAAAGCUGGUGAGCGUACUUCUGAGUUUUCAACCAGAUUUCGGACACUGGUAGCUGAUUUGAAGUCCGAGGGUGUAAUCAUCCAGGAUGCUGAGUUGGGUUGGUUUCUUCGAGAGAAAUUGGGACUGGACCCACUGAGGCGUCAACUUCUGGAUACAGCCCUGCAAGGCGAUGAAUCGUAUGGCCGAAUCGAAGCUGAGAUUCUACGCUUGUUCAAGGAUCUUCAUCAGUCUGAUCCUCUUUACCGCAAAGCUCCACAGGAUGGGUUCAGACCGAAGUUGACAGUGCGAAGAAUGUUUGAUUUCAACAGAUCUGGCGGUGUUUCAAGUGCUACAUCCACGGCUCCAAGUCGGUCCUUGCCGAGCUCUUCUGGGUCCUCUUGGAAGAGACCUAUGUCUGCUGCAGCUUCAUCGGUGGGAUAUCGCCGAGCUCUUGUAACUGAAGCUGAGCAAGAGCCUGAAGCUGAGGUUGAUGAAGUGUAUGAGACGGCCGCUGAGGAGCCGGUUGCAGAAGAUGCUCCUGCGUUGGAGGAGUAUCUGAUGAAUGAAGCUGAGGUGUUUGCUGCGGAGUUGAAAGAUGCUGAAGAAUGCGGCAUCGAUGCUCAGGUGCUCGAAGAACUUGAGGCAGACUUCGAGCAGGCGGCAGAGACGCUGGUGACCAUGAAAGAGGCCCGUUCGAGGCUGAAUGAAAUUCGAAAGGAUAGAGGCUUCAACAAAGGUGGACCUGGAUCGACAAAAGGCAAUGUGAAUGUGCCUUCUUCCAAGAAGGCCAGUGGAAAACAUCCGUGCUUCGACUGCGGAUUGCAUGGACAUUGGGCCGGAGACAAAGAGUGUCAACAACCAGGUGCCGGUUUGGCUCGAAAGACUUCAGUUGCGGCGGCAAAGCAGAAGCCACGUCAAGUUCGCAUUAGUGAAGCAUGCCAUGCAGAUCAUCUUCCUGAUGGCCAUAUUGAAAGUGAUCCCAAGGUUGAUUUGGUUGGUAAGUCUCAAGAUCUACAUGAAGCUUCCGUUGUUUCUCAUGAUGGUUUAUUUGGGAUGCCCCUUGACCAAGCACUGUUUGCCACCACUCCAUCGAGAGAGCAUUCCACUUUGGCAUCUGUAUCGACACUGCAGGUUUUGGCCGACGAUAAACAUCUCGUCGGGGCCCUCGACAGCGCUUGCAACAGGACCUGUGCUGGACCUCAGUGGUUAGAUGGAUACAUGUUAGAGCUGCGUCGAAUGUCACCAUCCUGGAUUAUGGACUUGAUUGAAUCUCAUGAUGAACAAGAGAAUUUCAGAUUUGGCAAUGGGGGUUUGGUGACAUCAAGCAGACGAUGGAGGGUUCCGGCAUUGGUGAGUGGCAAGUUGAUUUUGAUUUGGAUCAGUGUGGUACCAGUUGGCACUUUGGGAUGUUUGUUGGGUCGUGAUUCUUUAGAUGCAGUUGGAGGUGUAUUGGAUUUUGCAGCGAAAACCUUACAGUGCACCUUUCUUUCAGCUGAAGUCCCUCCGCAAAGGUUGGACCAGAUGAGCGCUGGACACUUCAUUCUGCCACUGAUUCCAAAAGGAUGGCCGAGGGCUAUUUCGGGUCGUUGGCGGAAGUGCGGUCUUGAUGGAAUCAUUGAGUUGCAGAUGGCUCCACAGCAGUGGUUGGAUCGAAAGUUGUCAUCUCGUAUUUCAUCUAGCAGUGUUUGCAGUCAUGAUCAGAUGAUAGCUGAAGAUUGUGGUUCUGCAGCAGCAGUGCAUGAAGUGUUGUCGGCAAAUUGUGAUUUCGUGGUUCAAGACAUGUCAGUCCUGACUGAUCACGAUUCCUCCCGUCAACAUCCUCUCCAAGAAGUUUGCUAUGCUGACCCCCGGGAUCUUUGCGAAGUACGCCAACGAGGAGCCAGGUUGGGCUUCGCAGUGUACCGAUGGCGCCGCUUCAUCAUGAGGCUCCUCGGAAGGUACGCCUGGCACGCCCAAAGUUUGCAGUUGUGGCUUUUGCAGCGAUCCUAUUUGCGGUUCUUGCCAUUUCCAUACCCUUCGAUCGCCUCGGUCGAGGAUUGGAAGUUUCAGGCAAAGACCAUGGCCGAUCAACUGGUUAUGGUGCCGGAUGAUUGGCGUCGAGCUCGAGACAUGGAUUUGUUCACGUCUCAGAACCUCCUGGAAAUGUCUCGGUUUCGAGAUCGAGUCGGCUGGAAGUUUGCCUUCAUGGAGGACUCCAUUCUGAGCGGCUUGAUGGCUGUCAAAGCAACUCGUGGUGUCUCCACCAAACUGAAGACAGCAGCUUUGGCCGAAGCUCGAAUGAGUGUGGAAAAGGAGAAGAAACAAGGCCAGCAGAUGGAGGCCGCAAGGGAGCUCAUUGGUCCUCGCGGCGGGCUUCCAACCUUGAAAACCGAUUUGAUCAAGUUGGCCCUCCUUUGCGAUGUGGAAGUCAAGGAGUCCGACACCGUGCCCAUGCUACAAGCCAAGAUUCGCCCUGUGGUUGCCACAAUUCGAAAUGCAGAACCAAAGACCGCCGCAAAAGCUUCAACACGGUCUUCAAAGCCCGAGGUGUCUACAACCAGGGAGUUGACUUCACAGGCAGCCGGAUCGGAGCAACCAGCAGUCGAAUCCAUGAGGUCAAUGUCACCGGAAUUGAUGACCCAAGCUCAGAUGUCGACCAUGCUGGACAGCAGGUUGCACAGCGCAAUCUUGGAGCAAGAUCAACGACUGCAGACGAUGAUGGCCCAAGUCAUGGUUCACAUCGAGGAGCGCUUCAAGCACAUGCCUCAGGUGAAGAUUCAAACAGCAGCCAAUGUGAAGCCUGGAGUUCGUCAGAUGAUAACCCAGGCAUGGCAGCGUCAUCGCCGAGACCAAUUGGCUGUUUCCACAAAUGCUGCUGAGAUCAAUGAGAUCUUCCAUACUACAUGGCUGUCUGAGAUGAAGGAAUUUGCCAAUGAAAGCUUUGUCACUGUGAUAGAUCUGCCCAAUCCUUUUGUCACAGAGGUCUACACCGACACAGAGCCCAUUGCAAAAGCAGCUGUUCGUGCUGGCCUCAACGUUGGUGAAAAUUUGACUUUGGCCUCUGGAUGGGAUUUUCAUUUGAAAUCUCAUCGGCAAGCAGCUUUGCAGCGACUGCGCAGGGAGAAGCCCUAUGCGGUGAUCCUGGCAUUUCCUUGUGGGCCUUGGUCUCCACUGCACCAUUUGAAUCCGCCGUUGGAUUUAUCGGCGAUGCGUGCAGCUAGCUUGGAGCUCAUUGAGUUUGCGAUUGAAGUGGCCGACCUACAAUCACGCCAAGGUCGACAUUUUCUCAUGGAAAAUCCCAAGCCAUCACUGGCCUGGAAGCAACCUUGCUUGAAGAAGUUCUUGGAACGUCCUGGCUGCCUUUCCAUUGAUGUGGACAUGUGCCGAUUUGGACUUAAAGGACCUGGAGGUGGACUGCAUAGGAAAAGCACAAAACUGGUCACACGGGCGCAGGCUUUGAUAUCACACUUCAUUGGUCGGACUUGUCAACGAGACCAUGAACAUGAGCCUGUGAUUGGUGGAAGCAAGAUCACCAGCGCGGCUGGCCACUACUCCAAAGCCUUUUCUGAGGCAGUGAUCAAGGCAUUUCAAGAUCAGUUUGACUUUGAGACUUUGCAGUGUUUCCAGAAUCAGCCCGACUCCAAAGAAUCACCCGAAGAUGAUGAAGUUGAGGUGAAUCUUGUGGACUUUGAAGCCCUUGGACUUGAGGCUGGUGAAUCGGAUGAUUCCUUGGAAGUUGGUCCGCUUGACGAAAAGCUGGUGAUUCCCUCAGAGAUCAAAAAUGCUGUGUAUCGUUUGCACACCAAUACAGGGCAUCGGUCACCAAAGAGACUGGCUCGUGCUUUGUUGAUUUCUGGAGCUCCACAUGCCGCAGUUGUAGCAGCGAAGAAUCUGCAGUGCUCCAUAUGCAAAGAGCGUCGCAGUCCAAAGCCUCGACCUCCUGGUGGAUUGCCCCCUCCUCGAGAAGUUGGACAGCAGAUUCAUGUGGAUUUGGUUUUGCUUGAAGAUUCGUUGCGAAGGAGCUAUGUGAUAGCUCAUGCCACAGACAAUGUUUCACGCUAUCAAGCUGCCAAGGUCAUCAAGGACAAAUCCACUGCUUCAGUGAUUCAUUUUUUGAAGACCCACUGGCAACCGCUUUUGGGUUGGCCGCAAACCAUAGUAGCUGACCAAGGACGUGAAUUCAUCAGCGCUGAGUUUGGUGAUUGGUGUGACUCUCAGUCGAUAUACCUGUAUCAUAUUGGCGUUGGUGCUCCCUGGCAGAAUGGUGUGGCUGAGAGGAGUGGUGGAACCCUAAAAGCCUUGGUUGGUGCUAUCACUCAAUCCAAUGCUGUUUCAACUUUUGCAGAGAUGGAAGAAGCAGUUGGUGAGGCGGUGAUGGCAUACAACAGCGACAUCAACGAGCAUGGUGUGGCGCCCAUUCAACUUGUGACUGGAAGGAUUCCAACUCCUGUUGGUGAUGUCCUCAACAACUUUUCCAAAAGGCUGGUGGAACACUCCUUGCUGGAAAGCUCUACAAGUCUUGAACGGCAGCUUGCAGUUCGUCAGACAGCCCGCCUUGCCAUGCUGCGAUUGCACUACAGUCGUGGGCUGCGACAGCCAGAAUUGGCUCGCUCACGCGAAAGCGUGGCUGUCGAAGCUCCCCAACCAGGAGAUUUGGUGUUCUUUUGGAGAGCUCAGAAAUACCAGUCGAGAAAAGAUGGAGGAACACCUGGAACUCCGUCACGCCGUCGCCUUCAACUCAAGCGAUGGCAUGGCCCAGCUUUGUUGGUGGCUCGUGAAGGACGAGAUGGUGAUGAGUUUUCAUCCAAUUGCUUUGUGUCUUUCAGAGGUCAGUUGACCAAAUGCCCAACAGAGCAUGUCAGAAAGGCUUCAUCUUUGGAAAGUAUCGCUGCAGGAUCGUGGGAAGCUGCCAUUGAUGAGGUGAUACAAGCUGCAGUUAGAGAUGCAUCUAACCGCGAGCAACCUUCCGUCAACCCUGGAGCGGUACCACCUGAGGUACCGAUGGACUUUCUCCAGGAGAGGUUGUCGCAGCACUGCAACCAGCUGCAAGCGGUCAAGUCUCUUCAGGUUACCGUGCCAAGCUCUCCAACACCGUCCCUGCGAAGCAAUGUUCUUGCGAGAGCGCGACAACUUGAUGAUGAAGCUCGUGGGCAGAAGCGUGCUGCAGACGAUGCCUUGUCACCCGGGCAAGUUUCUCCCACUGAUGCAGGUGAGCAAGGUGAACAUGUACCAGCUCAUGAAGUUCCAGUUCCGGCUGAUGAGCAAGCAACGUUUGAAGUUUGUGCGGGUCUGACGAUGACUCAUGAUCAGAUCCAAGCUCUUGCGGCUGAGCGUACAGAUGUGCAUCCUUUGCUGAGAUUGGCAUGUCUGGCCGAUUUGGAUCGUAGAGAGUAUCAGUGGAGCAAGAUGGACAGUGAGCAGAAGAAACUCUGGGGAGAUGCAGCCUUGACUGGUUGGAAUGCAUACAUUGACAACCAGGCCAUUCAAGUUCUUAGUGUUCAAGAAAGUGAUCGAGUUCGCAAGGACCUUGCAAGGCGCAAAGAACUGGAUCGCAUAUUGGUGCCUCGAUUUGUCUGCACAGACAAGAAUGAUGGAUUGCGCACCAAGAGUCAUCCACUGCCAGUGAAGGCCAGCAGCAGAUUGGUGGCGCCUGGCUUUCAAGAUCGUGCAAAUCUUGAGGGCACUUUGAGACGAGAUUCACCAACAGGGUCUCGUCUUUCACAACACCUUUUGUUCGCCAUCGCUGCAUGGAAUCAUUUGUGGACUUUGAUAUCUGCUGAUGUGAAGUCUGCCUUUCUAAAGGGCGAUCCCUAUGUUGAUCGAGAGCUCUAUCUCACCAAGACCAAGGAGAAGAUGUCUCCACCCUUACCAAUUGGUCCUGGACAGCUCUGCAGAGUUUUGAAAGGGAUUUUUGGAUUGUCUGAUGCACCCAGACAAUGGUGGUUGCGGCUGUCUCGAUCGAUGCGAUCUCAUGGAUGGCGCCGCAGUAUCAUUGAUGCGGCAUCUUGGUUCUUUUGGGAGAUUGUUGAUGGAGUUGAUCGACUUGCUGGCAUGAUCGUGGCACACGUGGAUGAUUUGUUAUUCACUGGCAACAGCAAAGCUGAGCAAUCAUUGCGUGCGAUUGGCGCAGAGCUCGGUUUCGGUUCGCUGGAUGUUGGAAGCUUUACAUGGUGUGGCAAACACAUCCGCCGUGCAGAAGACCAUACUAUACGUUUGAGUAUGACUGCAUACCAUACGAAUUUGACUGAGGUUGUGAUUGCGAAGCAUCGGAAAUCAAACCCUGAAGAUGCACUGGACAAGUUUGAACUCAAACAGUUGCGUGCCCUUCUAGGCAGCUUGCAAUGGUUGGUGGCACAGAUUCGAUUUGACAUGUCAUUCUGUGUUUCAUCUCUUCAAGGUGAAAAUCCUCCAACAAUAGGAACCUUGAUCCGCGCCAAUGCAGCUGUCCGAGAGUUCAAGCGCACUGGCAACUUUGAGCUUGUGUUCAGGCCCAUCGACUACAUGUCGGCGGGUAUUUGCAUUGUUUCAGAUGCGGCCCUGGGCAAUGUCAAGCUGAACGGAUCAGCAGUUGGUUCCCCUACAGAGCGUGUUUACUCUCAAGCUUGCUAUUUCUGUUUGCUUUGUGAAGACACAAUGCUUCAAGGAAAACAAGGUUCUUUCAACAUCCUGGAUGCUCGCUCGCAUCGAAUUCCGCAAGUUUGCAGGUCUACGUACAGUGCAGAAACCCUUGCAGCAGAAGAAGCUAUGGAUGUUGGGCAACUGUUUAGAGGCAUGAUUGCCAUGGUUCGUGUGAAGGACCUCACGGAGAAGGAAGCUGAUGCAGCCUCCGAUGCCAUUAGCAUGGUAACCGUGGUGGAUGCCAAGGAUGUCCAUGACAAGGGGAAUUCGGAUACCAGCAGUUUCGGUUCUCAGAAGUCAUUGGCAUUUUCCAUUGCAUGGAUGCGAAGUGUUCUUCGAAGACCAAAUACAGCUCUGAAAUGGACUGCUACUGAAAACAUGUGGGUUGAUGCUGGCACGAAGGAAAUGGACUUGAGUCACCUUCGGAAAAUCAUGGAGAUGGGAUCUUGGUGUAUCACCUACUCCCCGCAGUUUGUCAAGCAGGUGUUCAAAGCCCGGACGGCUAAGCCUUUGGUGAAGUCUUCAACAUGCGUUGAAUUCCCGGAGUGAUGCUAGAUGGUAAUGAUCCUGUUUUGCCAUACCUGCAGAGCCUCUGCGAGAAGCGUGGGUGGCAUAUGCAGAAUGGUGUAGGAAUCCAAGUAGCUCACAAUGCGAAGUCAUUUAGAUCUCCAGAGCCCAGGUUUUCACCAGCGGAAUUUCCUCUUAGGAGCAGCUUUGGCCGAUUCAUUCAUGCUGACGGUCAGAUCGAAUGGCGUAGGAUUGAGGCAGGAAC